AUGGGGACCAAAUGUGAAAUUGUCAAAACUGCAGGUGAAUCAAAACUAAGUGAGAAUCUAUGCGCUGACGUUGCACUAAACAGAAUUUGUUCUGAAUUUCAGACGCCCCUACAUUUGGCCAUGUACACACGCCAGACAAAGAUAGUACGGCAGCUGGUUCUGAAGGGAGUGGACACAGAGUUGCAGGAUCGCAAUGGAAACACUGCAUUGCACCUGGCCUGCCAGUACAGCCUGGAAGAGUGUGUGCCGGUCCUUACGAAGCCCGUUACAGCCAAAGAGCACACCCUGUUUGGAUGUGACAGCCCCAACCCAGUGGGACCUCAGAACCUCGAGAGACACAACUGGCAAGGUUUGACCUGUUUGCACCUGGCAGUUCUCUAUAGGAAUGAUGUGAUGGUGGACUACCUGCUAUCUUCAGGAGCGAGAGUCAAUACACAGGAGUCGACAAGUGGACGUACCGCCCUGCAUCUGGCGGUGGAGCUGGGGGAGAUUGGCCUGGUGACCCGUCUGCUGCGGGCCGGGGGCGAAGUGGACGCUCCGAUGUACAACGGCUGCACACCCCUCCACCUGGCAGUGGGGCGCCUGGAUGCCGGCAUCGCCACUGCCCUCUGCCAGGCCGGUGCCAACCCACUGCUGCCCAACCUGGAGGAGGAUACACCGCUGGACCUCGCCAGCAGCAACGGCAACGUGCUUGACCUGUGCCCGUUCGACGAUGUGAGGCUUCGGGGACAGCCGGUGGUGUGACAGAACAGGGCUGAAUACGUGACAUGACUGAAAAAGCGAAGGCAGGAGGGUGACGAGGGCCUUGUCUAGCAGUGGGUGGGAGGCCCACACGGUGUGGGACCUUCCUCCUCCGUAUUUUCACCCCCAAUCCCAUCCCUGCCCCUCCAAGACCAGCUGUGGGAGGGGGGGAUGGAAGGGUUCCUUGCUCCCUGACUCCACUACCUCAGAAACAGAAGGGUACAAUGUCAGCCUUGGCCAGGCACGUAGCAGGAGGGAGUGACCCCGUGGAUUUAAAAGAAUCCAUGUUACUUUAGGGAGAACACUUCCAGAGAAGACCUGUUUCCUUGAUGGACAUUGAGCUGCAAUCUGUACAUUUCUUUUGAGUGAAGCACAUUUAAAAUUUAUCUUUGUUGCUCCUAGCUGCGAUCUCCUCCAGCAUUGUAAAUACUCAAUUCCCUACCCCAGCAAGCACCUUCCGCAUGCUUCAGUCUUUCCCCUUCCCCACUCACCCUCACACCCAGAGUCUGCCCUGACAAUACCUCACAUGCUCUCCAACUCCCCCCAACGCAAGACCAAAUACCUUCAAAAAGCCAGCCAGCUACACCAGUCCUUUGGUUCCAGACCAGCUCCAGAGGCCUGGGUCUGCAGUUCCAGUGCCAGUAAUAACAAGGUGGGUGUAGUGCUGGCAGAGGUUUGGUGAUUUAGUUAAGCUGAGCCACUGCCUGCCCUCUCUGGUGGAGAUUAACAGCACAUCUGCACAAUUUGAAGGGCCAAACGACCACCUCCUGUGUUUGGUGUGACUCUUGUGGGGAUGGUGUGGGAAAAAGAUUAGGAGGAGAUCUCGCUAAUGUCUCUGGAGCCAAUACUUUAUCUCUCAAUGUCGCUGAAAAAUAAUUUAUUUGCUAUUUAUGACAAGUGUCGUUCAUGUGAGCUUGCUGUGUGUAAAUUGGCUGCUAGGCUUCUUGCAUUUCAGCUGUCACCCUACUUAAACUUUAAAGCACUUUGCGAUGCCCUGAGGUGGUGUCAGUUGAUGUAUAAAUUUUUCCAGCUCUCCUUUUGCACCCAAAUUGUCGAGUGCUUCAGGAAUGCUUUUUUUAAUAUAAUAAAGAUACUGAACAAA